AUGGGAGGAAUGAACAAGAAGACAAUAUUGAGCUGAAUGAAGAAGGGAGGCCCGUGCAGACAUCCAGGACACAUCUCCCCAUCUGUGACUGCAGCUGCUGUGGCAUCCCCAAGCGGUACAUCAUCGCUGUCAUGAGUGGGCUGGGCUUCUGCAUUUCCUUUGGGAUUCGGUGCAACCUUGGAGUGGCCAUUGUGGAAAUGGUCAACAAUAGCACUGUGUAUGUGGAUGGGAAACCAGAAAUCCAGAUGGCGCAGUUUAACUGGGAUCCAGAAACUGUGGGCCUUAUCCACGGAUCUUUUUUCUGGGGCUACAUUGUGACACAAAUUCCCGGUGGCUUCAUUUCAAACAAGUUUGCUGCUAACAGGGUCUUUGGAGCCGCCAUCUUCCUGACGUCGACUCUGAACAUGCUUAUCCCCUCCGCAGCUAGAGUGCAUUAUGGCUGCGUCAUGUGUGUGAGGAUUUUGCAGGGUCUGGUGGAGGGCGUGACCUACCCGGCCUGCCAUGGGAUGUGGAGUAAGUGGGCACCUCCCCUGGAGAGAAGUCGAUUGGCCACGACUUCUUUUUGUGGUUCCUAUGCUGGAGCAGUGGUUGCUAUGCCCCUUGCAGGAGUAUUGGUACAGUACAUUGGCUGGGCCUCUGUCUUUUACAUUUAUGGCAUGUUUGGGAUUGUUUGGUACAUGUUUUGGCUGCUACAGGCUUAUGAGUGCCCAGCAGCUCACCCAACAAUAUCCAAUGCAGAAAAGACCUAUAUAGAGACAAGCAUAGGAGAAGGGGCCAACUUGGCCAGUCUGAGUAAAUUCAGCACACCGUGGAGAAGGUUUUUCACUUCCUUGCCUGUCUAUGCCAUCAUUGUGGCAAACUUCUGCAGAAGCUGGACCUUCUAUUUGCUCUUAAUAAGCCAGCCUGCUUACUUUGAAGAAGUCUUUGGAUUUGCAAUAAGUAAGGUGGGUCUUUUGUCAGCUGUCCCACACAUGGUGAUGACAAUCGUGGUGCCUAUCGGAGGACAACUGGCUGAUUAUUUAAGAAGCCAGAAGAUUUUGACCACAACUGCUGUCAGAAAGAUCAUGAAUUGUGGAGGCUUUGGCAUGGAGGCAACAUUGCUCCUGGUGGUUGGCUUUUCCCAUACCAAAGGAGUGGCUAUCUCCUUCCUGGUGCUUGCUGUAGGAUUCAGUGGCUUUGCUAUUUCAGGUUUCAAUGUCAAUCACCUGGACAUUGCCCCGCGCUAUGCCAGCAUUCUCAUGGGGAUCUCAAACGGAGUGGGAACCCUGUCCGGAAUGGUUUGCCCCCUCAUUGUGGGUGCCAUGACCAAGCACAAGACCCGAGAGGAAUGGCAGAAUGUGUUCCUCAUAGCGGCGCUGGUGCACUACAGCGGAGUCAUCUUCUAUGGGGUCUUUGCUUCUGGGGAAAAACAAGACUGGGCGGAUCCAGAGAAUCUCUCUGAGGAGAGAUGUGGAAUCAUUGACCAAGACGAAUUAGCGGAGGAGACAGAACUCACCCAGGAGGCUUCUGUAAGCCCCAGGAAGAAGAUGUCUUAUGGAGCUACCACCCAGAAUUGUGAGGUCCAGAGGAGUGAGUGGAGACAAGAGAGGGAAGCUGCCUUUGACGAGGAGGAGACACCAUCCUACCAGAACGAAGAGGGAAGCUUCUCUGAAACAUCCUAA